GUAGAAGGGGGAGCCCGGGGAGGGGGUCCGGUCCGCUUCCCGGUACCGCCGGUCCGGGUCCGUCAUGGCCUCCAACUGCGCGGGGGGCUCGUCGGCCGGGGGGGUCGGGGCGGCGCUGGGCUCGGCCCUCAGCGCCAGCAAGACCAAGACGAAGAAGAAACACUUCGUGUGCCAGAAGGUGAAGCUGUUCCGGGCCUCGGAACCGCUGCUCAGCGUCCUCAUGUGGGGAGCCAACCACACGAUCAAUGAACUCAGCAAUGUUCCUGUCCCUGUCAUGUUAAUGCCCGAUGACUUUAAAGCCUACAGUAAGAUUAAGGUGGACAAUCAUCUAUUCAACAAGGAAAACUUGCCAAGUCGCUUUAAAUUUAAGGAGUAUUGUCCACUGGUGUUCCGAAACCUCCGGGAGAGAUUUGGGAUUGAUGAUCAGGACUACCAGAACUCGGUGACUCGGAGCGCCCCGGUGAACAGCGACAGCCAGGGCCGCUGCGGGGCCCGGUUCCUCACCACCUAUGACAGGAGGUUUGUCAUCAAGGCCGUGUCCAGCGAGGAUGUGGCAGAGAUGCACAACAUCCUCAAGAAGUACCAUCAGUUCAUAGUGGAGUGCCAUGGGAACACCCUCCUGCCCCAGUUCCUGGGCAUGUACCGGCUCACGGUGGACGGGGUGGAGACCUACAUGGUGGUGACCAGGAACGUGUUCAGCCACAGGCUGACGGUGCAUCGCAAGUACGACCUGAAGGGCUCAACAGUAUCCAGGGAAGCCAGUGAUAAAGAGAAGGCCAAGGAUCUGCCAACCUUCAAGGACAACGACUUCUUGAAUGAGGGUCAGAAACUGCACGUUGGGGAAGAGAGUAAAAAGAACUUCCUGGAGAAGCUGAAGAGGGACGUGGAGUUUUUGGCUCAGCUGAAGAUCAUGGACUACAGCUUGCUGGUGGGGAUCCAUGACGUUGACCGAGCAGAGCAGGAGGAGAUGGAAGUGGAGGAUCGGGCAGAGGAUGAGGAGUGUGAGAACGAUGGUCUGGGGGGCAACCCCAUCUCCUCCUACGGGACCCCCCCCGACAGCCCCGGCAACCUCCUCAACUACCCGCGCUUCUUCGGGCCCGGGGAGUUCGACCCCUCGGUCGACGUCUACGCCAUGAAGAGCCACGAAAGUGCCCCCAGGAAGGAAGUCUACUUCAUGGCCAUUAUAGACAUCCUCACACCGUACGAUGCGAAGAAGAAAGCUGCACAUGCUGCCAAAACAGUGAAACAUGGGGCUGGAGCAGAGAUCUCCACUGUCAACCCCGAGCAGUACUCGAAACGCUUCAACGAGUUUAUCUCCAACAUCCUGACAUAGUUGACUCCACCUUCAGCCAGAGAUGAAGAGCAGAGGGGCUGCUCCCCCCAGAGAACACAGCCUGUGACACUAAGACAGACACUGUAGCAGCAUGUGGGGUGUGUGUGUGUGUGUGUGUGUGUGUGUGCAAGGGUGGGGUGUGUGGCACUGUGUGACUCGAGAGAAAACGAAUUCCAGGUGCACCCUCCAACAGUCCACUUGACCCCGGUGGAAAAGUGGGGUUUUAUGUUACAGAAGUGCCCAGACAUCAGGUUUGAGGGCUUUUGAGAACCAGACAAGUGCUUUGUUUCAGCGCUGCUCUUGCUGAUGAUGUUUUCUCCUCUGCUCGAGAGGUCCCGUUGGGGUGGGACACGUGGCACUGGAAGAGGGGUUGCUCUGGGUCACCUUCAGUGGCAGUGAAGCAGUGCCUGAUUCCACAAACUACUACUUCUUUUUUUCCUUUUUUUUUUUUUUUAUUGUUGGACUGUCUUCACCAGAAAGACACACAAGCCCUUUUAUUUCCCUCUUGGUGUAGGAAUUGGAAGGAAAAUCACUCACCAUUUCAAGGACGGAAAAUAUUACCCUGAUAAGGAGGAGUUGCUGAACUUUAGGUAAAUUCAGACUGGGACACUUUAUUUUUUUUUGUUGUUAAUUUAAGUAACAAAAACUUUUUCUUUUGUAACUGCACUUGAUUUACAAGAAAGAUGAGGGACAUGAACAUCUACCAAAGAUGAUCUCUUAAAAAGGUGGAACUCCUAGAACCUGAACAAAACAGUGUGAGAGGUAGUAGAGGCAUCAAACCACCUGGGAUGUGAACAUGCUGGGACCCGUUGUGCUUGAAAUUGGCCAGCUGGGAAGAUUGCAUGGAAGGAAAGAGAAAAAAACACACAGAAAAAUGCAGUUUGUACCUGUAGGAAGAGGUUGAUAUUUGAGUCUCCAGAACGUUUCCCUGUCACACCUCGGCCCGGAGCCGCCGCGUCUCUGAGGUUCCAGCUCCCAGUUCUGCCAGAGCUCAUCUAAGCUAACGUUCAGUCUUCCUUACUUGCCCCAUCUGCAACAGGUACUUGAAUUUGUUUCCUGACAGAGGUUCUUUGGUUCGUUGGUUGCUUUUUCCCAUGGCAAUGUGACUUGCACACAGAGGAGCUGGCCUCGCUGCCCCCAGGGAGCGCUGGGACUGGGCAGCGAGUUCUGCUGCUCAAGGGAACCCAGGACUUGAGCUGUGGUGGUUUGUACCCUCCUCUGCUCCGUGUCCCCCUCUAGAGCAACAGUCAAGGAGUGGAAAUGUUUGAACACUUGGCGCCAGAUUAUUUAAACCCCCUCCCCAAGGAGUUGGAACUGAUUUGUGUGACUGAAUAACCUCCUGUUCUGUCUCCAGAACCCUUGUAAUAUUUUUCACAGCCAAGCUUCUCAGACUUGCUUUGAGUUUUGUUGGUUCUGCUGCACAACAGCUCAGAUCUUUUGGUUCUUUUUUUUUUUUUUUUCCAUUUUCUUUUUCAGCAAGGUUUGGUGUUUGAAACCGACCUCUUGCAGUUGAAACAUGUUGCUUAUCUGCCUUGAAACUGUUUUCACAUAUGCCUUUGUUUUGGGAAUAAGCUGUUUGGAAUGUCUGUCCUGUGCUGUAACACGUGCUACAGUUUGCUGUGUGGAAUUUGGUCCUUUUGAGAGAUAACUGGUGCUCAUCACAUCCUGGUCAUUUCCCUAGACUCAUGCUGGCUCUGGUCUGGGUUCUCAAUGUGGGCUUGGGCUUUAUUUUAAUUUAAUGUUCAACCCCACAUUCGUGCUGUGAAAUCCCACAGGUCUCCAUUUCCAAGGGGACAAAAGGGGCCUAGGGUUUCAGCCCAGAAAGAGGGCACUGUAAAUAGAGGCUUUCAGAAGUCAAAAAUUAAUAUUAGGGGGUCAUAAGCUUUUUAUUCAUUUGUGGGUCAUUCAGUUUCUCCUGCCCCUGUGGCCCAGGCCCUGUUCCAUGUGCUGUGGGAUUCACACACCGUUCUCUGGGAGGCUGAAGAGUCUCGUGUCUUAAGGUGUGUAGAUGGAAAAGCCACAAAGUAAAUGCAGCUAUGAGAGUGUUUUAAAAACAGGAGGACUUAGAGGGUAUAAUCUGCUUUGUUUUGUGGGCAUUAUGUUGGUUGUUUUUCUCUUAAACAAUAAGCACUUAAGUUUACUAUCCAUUAGAAAUUAAACACCAGUGACUUUUUAUUCUUGACAGUUUUAAAAAAUCUGCAUUGAAUCUGCAGCCUUGGCCUGGUAAGUUUGUGGUUCUCCUUUUGGGAAACUACCUUGUACCUUUUAAACUGUUGAACUUUAAAAUGUGUAUUUAAAAAAAAAAAAAAGAAAAAAAGAAAAAAAAAAAGAUGAGAAGACGGGGAGGGGAGGAAGAGAGAAGGGAAUGAGGGAAGUGCAGCCCCCCCUGCACUGGGACACCACAGAACAACCAGCCCAGGGAAAGAGGAAUGAAACUGGCACAGCAAGAGUCUCAUUCACUGCACUUCAUGAACAGGAUUGAGGCUGAGAGGCAGUGGGUUCCUGCACCAAUCCUGCUGGGGUUGUGAUGGGCUUCAGAGCAGUUAACUCUGUUUGCUUAUUCCACUCUAAACAAGCUCCUGCUGGAAUGAAAUUGGCUCCAGUGAAAAGCCCCAUCAACUCCCUCCCCUUCAGCCCUUCCCCAGUCCUGCCCCCUCUGUCCAGUUGCCAGCCUGUGUGGGUUAAAGUCAUUAAAUGCAAUUUUCUCACUUAAUGAUGUAUUACCCAGGUAUGUAACUUUGUUUAACAUGAGCAUUUUGUACAUUGUUUACAUUUGGAGAGGUAGCAUUAUGUUAAAAAUGCUAAUUUCUGUUUCUAGACAGUAUUUUUAUUACCAGAAGUGAAGCUGCAAAUAUUUGAUUUGUUUUUAAAAGGGACUUUUUGUUGUUUCGUUUGCUUUUUGUUUUUAAUCUUGUUUUAGGUCACUUUUUUUUUUUUUUUUUAACUCAAGUAUUUAAAAAGAAAACCCAGCCCUUUCAAUUCUGGUUUUACAGCUGCUUGUGCUGCUUUGUUUUCUGUUCCUGGUGUGAGUUUAGUUUCUGGCUGUAGGGGUUUCUGGCUGUAGCAUCUACCCUGCAGAAGGCUUGACACUGAGGUGCACCUGCCUGGAAAGCACCCUGGGCUGGAGGAGCUGCAGGUACCUCAGACCCUGCUCAGAUUUAAAGAAACUGGUUCAAUUUGGUCAUUUGGAGUUUUCAAACAGGAACAAGAAACAAACAGCCCAGCCUGCAGUGUCACCUCCAGUGCCCCCAAGGCAGGGGAACUUGGGUGAGAGAGGAACAAGCUGCAGGGUUGUUUUUUCAAUUCCUGCCUGUCCUCAGGGUCUGUCUCUUGCUGAACAUGGGCCUGAAAUGUCAAGAUUUGAGCUACAAAAGCUGCUUUGAACCUUGAACUUCGAAUGAGCUCCUGCAGCAUAAGGAAGAGAGGGAAGGCAGAGUGAGGAGCCAGGGUUUGGCUGCUGCUCUGCUCCAAUAGUGCAAUAAAACCCACCUGUUGGGUCACUCUUCACUAGGACCCACCUGUUCUGGAGGUACCAGGCAGCACCCACCCAGCACCCACCCCUCGAGUCAGGGCCAGGAAGAGGGGGGGCCUGGUGUUCACUCCUCUCAGCAGGGAGCUGGGGGGGUCCUUCCCUCUGCUCCCACCCACCCCUCUGAUUGACGUGGUUUUAAUGAUAGAAGAUGGUGACAUUCAUCACAGGGAGAACUUCUGGGGUAGGUGACUCCAGAUUUCCUGCCUAAACGAGGAUCCUCCCACACCUGGGGAUCCCAGCUGUGAAGUGGAUCAGCAGCAGGAAAACUGACACACUCGAGUCUCCUUUCCUGGGAAGAAGCAGCUCCUGCUCUGCCCUCUCCCCCUGCUCCCUGCAGAGGGAACCUGGGAAGGAACUUCUAGGGCUUCUCCUCUCAGCCCAGGAAAGGCACUAGGCUGGGUUGGAGUUGUUUGGUGUCUGGGCCUCCUGGCAAGUCCUCCCAGCAGCCUCAUGCCAGCUGCCCCAAGGGCAGAACCUUCCACCCCAGGGGUGCAAAAACCCUGCAGGGGUCAGAGUGUGUCUCCUCAGCUGGGUUUGCAACCCUGCAGCCCCAUCUGGGACAGAUCCUCCUCAAAACAGCCCCAAAGCAGCUUCCCCUCUGUGUCCUGACACCCCAGUUCAGCUUUGCCUCUUGACUGCCCCCCCCCACCCCACCUUCUGCAGAACCCUUCUCCAGUAUCCCCAUCAGCCUUUACUGGUUUUCCUUGCUCUUUGCACACCUUGUGUGCCAGGGAUGGCAGAGCUGGGGGAGCCCAAGUGCUGGGCACCCAGCCUGGUGUGGUGGGUUGGUUGAGUUGUGCUGCUCUUUGUGCUGAGGGAGCUGGACUGGGCUGUGCCAAGAGGAGCCUCUGACACAGGUCAGGGUGGGCAGGGCAGCUGGAACCAUGUGAAGAAAGUUGGAUCUAAAACUAAAAGGAGAAAAAAAAAAAAAAAAAAAGCAUUCUAGGUCUUUGGUUUUUUUUCCACGGCUGUUUUUUAAAUAGGAAUUUUAAGUCCUCUGUGCUUGUCUGUUUGCUAGGAGCAGUUUGAGACACUGUUACUGUUUUGAAAUGCAUGCAUGUUACAAGAUGAGUCUCCAACCAGAGAAAAAUAAAAGUAAAACUUUGUGUA